AACCAUAACCGGAAGUUCCUUCAAGCUUUCGUAAGUGUGCGAGUGGCCACAGGGGGACAGAGCUCACACAAAAAUGAUUAGCAAAAUAAUCGGCCCAAAGUAUAUAUCCAUCGUCAAGACAUGGACACCGACUCUAGCUGUAUGGGGCACAGCUGGAGGAGUAGCUUUGGUGCACUUCACAGACUGGAGAACAUUUUUGGAUUACGUUCCUUACAUUAAUGGCAAAUUCAAAAAGGAUGACUAAAUCCCAUCAGGUCGGUGCCACUUUUAUUGUGGAUAAAAAGACUCGAAUAACAAGAACUGCUUCAGCCCGUAUCUUGCACUGUCGUCCACCUGCAAGACGCACGACUGGAAACAGUCCAGUCAUCUUCAUUCUUCAGUUCAGUCAUCCCGUAACUAUCCAGCGAUGAGGCACCACGUUCCAGCAAUGUUAUUCUCCUUCACCCAUGGAAAAAUGAGAAAAGGUUUCUCGUUUUCUACUCCUGCCUCGUUUAAGGGAUUGCGUAUUUCUGGGAUCGUAGUAAAACUCUGUCAUCUAUGUCGAUCUGUAAUUGUUUUAAAGACAAGUAAAGUGUUUGAAAAAUCGC